CACCAUAACCCAACACUAACCCAACACCAAAGAAGCAAACUUUACAGCAAUACCAAAUACAUAGAGCAAAGAAAAGACAAAAGGGUGAAAACCCAUUUGCUAGUUUCCAUCGGUUUCUGUCAGGAACUGGUAGGAAAGAAUCGGAUUAAUGGCGAGAGGAGCAAUGGAGCCAUUGAUAGUGGGGAGAGUGGUGGGUGAAGUGGUGGAGAUGUUCAACCCCAGCGUGAGAAUGAGCGUCACCUACAACUCCAACAAGCAAGUCUCCAACGGCCACGAGCUCAUGCCGGCCGUCGUUGCUUCCCGGCCGCGCGUCGACAUCGGCGGCGACGACUUGCGCACUCCUUACACCCUCGUGGCCGGUGUUUCCCCAUGUUUGAAGAUCAUGACCGACCCCGACUAUCCAAGCCCCAGUGAUCCUUACCUCAAGGAACAUCUUCACUGGAUGGUCACGGACAUUCCGGGCACAACGGAUGCUUCAUUUGGGAAGGAAGUAGUGAGCUACGAGGUGCCGAGGCCGGUGGUGGGAAUCCACCGCUACGUGUUCGUCCUGUACAAGCAAGCCAGAGGGAGGCAGACGGUGAGGCCGCCGACGACGUCGUCAAGGGACUGCUUCAGCACCAGCAGGUUCGCUCAGGACAACGGCUUGGGGCUCCCCGUUGCCGUCAUUUACUUCAACUGCCAGCGAGAGACUGCGGCGAGAAGAAGAUGAAAUUAAACUAUCUAGUUUACGUACCCAACGCCAAGCUUCAUUCAUGGCUGCAGGCUGCUACAAAUAAUUGAUGAUGAUUUGAGCAAAUGAAAAUAAUUAUAAUUAAUGUGCCGGCCAUCAUUAUCAUAUGUACGACGACGACGUCUUGGAUUGAUUAUGGGCAUGUUUCCAAAGAGUAAUCACUACGUACAUUUCAUAAUUAUGGUGGGUGUGGUGGUAGUAGUGGUAGUAGUACUACUGUUUGUUUGGAUGUAACGUACUCUUUGAUUAGGGCCAUGUGAUUUUCGUUUUCCCCAAAGUGGCAGGCUGCCGGAAAGCUACAAAUAUAUAUAUAAUGGGUGGUGGAUGGGUCCGUUUUCUAUCUCACAUAUGCAAAAACAUAUGAAUCUUGCA